UAAUAUAGAAAUUUAAAUAAAAGAAUGGGACUUUUCAGGUCUGAAGAUCUUUAUCUAUGAAAGACUACGAUGACAAAGGACUGUGCUUAUGAGUCCGUGAAGCAACUAGGAAGACUAGGAAUGGUCAGCUUUGUAGAUCUCAACAUUAACGAACAGGUUUAUGACCUUCCAUAUGCGAAAGAAGUUAGUAGAUGAAAUGAAACUUUGAAGAGCAUCGAUAGCAUCCUUCAAGAAUGUGAAAGACUUAAAUUACCUCUAAAAACUCCUGCUUCUAUCAAUGAGUACUAUAUGGCUCAAAACGGGCUAGGACAAGUCAUGCAAGUAGCUGAACACAGAAUGUUUGACUGUGUUGAAAAAGAGGUUCAGGAGUAUGACGAGUUUUUAUCCACCCAAACCAAAAGUCUGAGGAGUAUAAAAAGUGAUUACCAGCACCUCCAGGACUACAGAGAUGCACUUCUAGCUGCAGCUAAGCUCCUUGACAGGCAGCCAGUCAAUAAAGGAAAGUGGGCUUACUUGAACAGAGGGAAUACUCUAGAAAAAGUAUCUGAAAGAGAUCAUGAAGAAAGCAAGGAAUAUCCAAGCAAGAAGAAACUUCAUGAAGAGAGUAAUAACUCCUUCCAGAUCAAAAUCGGUCAUCUCAUUGGGACUGUGGGAACCGAAGAUUGCUUCAAUUUCAAGCGUUUGAUCUUCAGAGCAACUAGAGGGAAUGCAUUGAUACAGAUGGAAGACAUAAAACCAAAGAAAUUAAAACCAGACCAAACUCUGAGAUCCUCAUUUGUGGUGACCUUCCAGGAAGGAACUUCUAUAAGAGAGAAACUUGAGAGGAUCAUUCAGUCAUUCGGAGCUAGGUUAUAUGAUUAUCCUGAACAAAAUUUCUCCAAAGUCAUUGAAGAUCUUGAGAAUAAGAUGAAAGACACCAAGAGGUUAUUGAAAGACUCAAACCGUGAGUUGAAAAACUAUCUGAUUCAGUUGAAUGAUCUUGAGUCAAAGAAAAUGCUUGGAGGGAACUCCCCGUUCUAUGGAAUAUCUACUCUUCCAAUGUAUAAAAUGUUUGUCCAAAUUGAAGAGCAGAUCUAUCGCAAUAUGAACUGCCUCAGAUCAGUCGAUAACGGAAAUGUCCAGUAUGGAUUUGUCUGGUCAACUGAGAAAGCAGAAGUUAUUGAAGAUGAAUUAAGCAGGAAAGGAGCUUUACUACAGGAGCUGCAAUUUGAAAAUAUCCACAAUCAUGAGUUUGAGACCCCAACACUAUUCAAGACCAAUGCCUUCACAGAACAGUUUCAUUCGAUCGUGGAAACAUAUGGAAUUCCAAAGUAUAAAGAAGUGAAUCCUUCUCUGUUCACCAUAAUAAGUUUCCCCUUCUUAUUUGGAGUAAUGUUUGGUGAUAUUGGCCAUGGAGGCUUACUAUUCAUCUCAGCAGCUUUCUUAUGCAUGUUUGGAGAUAAGGUUAAAGCUCUGAAACCUAUCUUCCAAGCUAGAUAUCUGCUCUUAUUAAUGGGCUUCUUCUCCUUCUUUUGUGGAUUCAUGUAUAACGACUUCAUGUCAAUUCCAAUAGAAUUGAGUCAUUCAUGCUUUACUAAAGGAAUCAAUGGAUAUAGACACAAUCCUAACUGUGUUUAUCCUUUCGGGAUUGAUCCUAAAUGGUAUGUUGCAACUAACGAGUUAACUUUCAUGAACUCUUUCAAAAUGAAGCUAGCGGUGAUCUUGGGAGUUUCUCAGAUGUUAUUAGGCAUAUUUUUAAGAUUUUUCAACGCUCAUGAUUUCUGUGAUUACGUUGAAUUCAUUGCCCAGUUUACAGUACUGUGCUGCUGGUUUGGCUACAUGAAUGUUCUAAUAAUUGCAAAAUGGCUGACUCAUUACCCAGAUUCUAGCAGAGCACCAGCCAUUAUCGCAUCGAUGAUUGACAUGUUUUUGAAAUUCGGAGCUUGUGAGAAAACUCCAAUAAUUUCAGACAAGGCAGGGACUGAGCAUAUCCAGAUCUUAUUACUGAUUAUCAGUUUUGCCUGAAUUCCAUUGAUGUUGUUCUUAAGGCCAAUCCUAGCUCUCGUGGCUGGUGACCAUGCUGGUCAUCAGCAGCCCGGAGAGAUUGAGUUGGAGCACACGAUUGGCAAGCGAGGCAAAGGCUAUAACAAGUUUGAAGACGAAGAUGAAUAUGAUGGUUUUCAAGAAGAAGAAAGAAAAUUUACUGAAGAAAACAUGAAAGAUGUAAUUGAAGAGAACAAAGACCAGAAUUUUGAGGACAUGAGUAAUAAAGGCAUCAAAGAUGAUGAACCCUCUGAAAUCCAUAAUAGAGAGCGUCAUCAUGAGCAGAUGAAUAGUUUAAGGAAGGUGUUGAAAAUUGAAAAUCAUGGACACUCAAUGGAAGAACUGUUUGUUCACCAACUCAUAGAAACUAUAGAGUUUGUACUUGGAACAGUUUCUAAUACUGCAUCAUAUCUUCGUCUCUGGGCAUUGAGUCUUGCUCAUAGUCAAUUGGCAGAUGUAUUUUACGAGAAAACCCUUGUAAUGGGAUUGGAAUAUAAAAGCCCAGUGAUGCUGUUCAUUCUUCAACAGCUUUUUUGGGUAGCUACUCUAGGAGUGCUUAUGUCCAUGGACUCGAUGGAAUGUUUCUUACAUACCCUAAGACUACAUUGGGUUGAAUUCCAAAACAAGUUUUACAAAGGAACUGGAACAAAGUUUGCCCCUCUCUCUUUCAAGCAGAUUGCUAUUGGAAAUGAUAAUUAGCCAUCAUUUGAUCAAUUUAA